GUUGACAUUGGCAGGGCUAUGACUCAGUUCGGUUGGAUACAGUGGCUGCAGUGGCUGACUCUCGGUGUAGGAGGAAUCGGUGGUCAGGCCUGGAGCUUCGGGCCAGCCCAGCCCGACUCCGGCCGGGAGCCCCAGCCGAGUGAUGUGGCCAGUACGGCGAACCAUACGAUUCUCACCAGACAACUAAUUGUGGGCACUUUGGUGCCGCCCCAACUUCCGCCGGGCACCUGGCCACCUGUGCCCUCGAUUGUGAACCCCGGAACCUCCAGCUACUGCCGGUGCGUGCCACCCGGGUCCUGUGCAAAUCCUCUUCCCACCGUGCCCACCGAUGGAAGUGGCCAGCUGGAUAUCAGAAUCGUCAAUAAUGGGGCCUAUCCAACCAUUCCCUCCUCAGCUUCAACGCUGACCUGCAGCUAUGGCCUGGUGGCCUGCUGCCAGGCGGGAAGCUAUCAGUGCGGCCGCCGCUUCCCACCCCCGCCCGGCGCCUCCUCUGCUGGAGCUGGACAGGCCAGUUACGGGGCAUAUCCUUGGCAGGCUGCCCUUCUCACCACCGCGGAUGUUUACCUAGGAGGAGGGGCACUGAUCACUGCUCAGCACGUCCUCACCGCCGCCCACAAGGUCUACAAUCUGGCGCUUACUUCCUUCAAGGUCCGUCUAGGAGAGUGGGAUGCCAGCAGCACCAGUGAACCGAUUCCCGCCCAGGACGUCUACGUCUCGAACGUGUACGUGAACCCGUCGUUCAAUCCCAACAACCUGCAGAACGAUGUGGCGAUCCUGAAGCUGAGCACGCCCGUUUCCCUAACCAGCAAAUCCACGGUGGGCACCGUCUGCUUGCCCACCACCAGUUUCGUCGGCCAGCGCUGUUGGGUGGCCGGCUGGGGGAAGAACGACUUCGGACCCACCGGAGCCUACCAGGCCAUCAUGCGGCAGGUGGACGUCCCGCUCAUCCCCAAUGCCAACUGCCAGGCCGCUCUCCAGGCCACGCGCCUUGGCUCUUCCUUCGUCCUCAGCCCCACCAGCUUCAUCUGCGCGGGCGGCGAAGCCGGUAAGGACGCCUGCACGGGCGACGGCGGCUCUCCGCUGGUCUGCACCAGUAAUGGGAUCUGGUAUGUGGUGGGUCUGGUGGCCUGGGGCAUCGGCUGUGCCACGGCCGGGGUGCCGGGAGUCUAUGUGAACGUUGGCACCUACCUUCCCUGGAUUCAGACCACCCUGACGCUGUAGGAGCAGCCAUUUUGUUGAUCAAAUGCGGUUUUAUUUUUUAUUUGUUAAAUUAUUAUUUAACUUUAUUUAACUUGGCUGAACACAUAUUUCUUUUAAAUAUAAAAUGAUACUUGUUUUUGAGCUUUA